AAUGAACGCAAAUUAUUCAGAUUGUAUUUGAAGUAAAGACUUGUGCGGGUUUACUGGUUUUAAAUUUCAUUUAUUUGAACAAUAGCCUAAUUUUGAAAGUGUCGCUGACUAAAAUUGGGUACGACCCCUUUAAGAAACGUUAGGCGGAGGCUGUGGAACUUCAAGAAGCUAAACUGAGCGUGAAUAAAAGCCGACAAACGCCAGGUGGAAGGCUGGGCAAAGUUAGUUAACGGGUUUAUGUUAACGGAACAUUGACACAAGAACGCCACUGAUAGGUUGGCGGUGGCCCAGGAUGCAUCAUUCCAGGAUGCCAAUGUGAACGAUGUUCCGUAAGGUGAAAAAACGCCACAGCAGCAGCAGCUCUCAGAGCAGUGAAGUCAGCACCAAAAGUAAGUCCGUAGAUUCCAGCGUGGGAGGACUCUCCAGGUCCAGCACCGUCGCCAGCCUCGACACGGACUCUACCAAGAGUUCAGGAAACCAUGUAUCAGAAACAUGUGCAGAGUUCCGGGUAAAGUACGUGGGAUCCAUUGAGAGAUUACAGUUUGACAUGAGUAAGACGCUCAAGGAACCUCUUGACCUCAUCAACUACAUUGAUGCUGCCCAGCAAGAUGGAAAGCUGCCAUUUGUGCCAGGAGACGAGGAGUUGAUCCUGUUUGUAUCGAAACACGGAGUGAAAGUGGCCUCGCUGGACCAGUGUGAUGUUUUGCACCGCCACCCCCUCUACUUGAUUGUGCGUAUGUUGUGCUACGAUGACGGCCUGGGCGCAGGGAAGAACCUCCUGGCUCUCAAAACCACUGACCCCGACCAGGAGGGCUGCAGCAUUUGGGUGUACCAGUGCAGCAGUUCUGAGCAGGCUCAGUCCAUCUGCAAGGUGCUCUCCGCUUCCUUUGACUGUGCACUUGCAUCGGACAAGUCUUGAGGAUAGCAAGUGAAGAACAGAACUAGCAAUUUCAGAUUUUUUGGGAUCGUGGUGGGGUUUAUUCGAUAUUACCCACAUGGGAAAUCAAUUGCUGUACCCUCCAACUGCCUUGAAAGCAAUCUCAUUGGUACUUUUGAGUUGAAAAUUAAGUGUUUGCAUUCAUUUAAUUGUAUUUGAGGUUUAGUCAUUUAGUACAAAAUAUGACACAAGGUGGUACAUGACGUCCUUUUGUCAAUUUAUUCAAUGAGUUUGGUGCCUUUAUUGGUACGAUUUCAAAAGUGGCUGCUUGUCCUUAAUUGUGUGCCUUGAAGUGAUACAUUUUGUGUUUGUAUCACAAAUUCCGGUACGCCUGUUUUUCUAAUUGUAUGUUUCUGCCAUUGUCACUUUCACCCAUUUGUUGUGCUUAAUGUGUUUGACAUUAAAUGGCUGAAACGCUUCAUAUUCUUGUUGAAGUUCAACUAUCCACCACUAGGGGAGGCUCUCGAUUCAUGAUUCAGUAUAGUUAAAGGAGAAUUUUUUUUUUAUUGAACAAUAGAAAACGUACAAAUAACAAAUAAUACAAAACAACUAGUCCACAUAGAAUAUAACCAUGU